CUGGCAUGGAAGGGACAGCUGCCUCCUUCAGUGCUGUGCUCAGCUCCGCAUCUGUCACCUAAGGGGCAGCGCCUCUUGCUCUGGGACGUCCUACUCUUUCUCGAUCUUUCAGGUGAACAAAGAUGUGAAGAGAAGACCAUGUGCCCACUGGCUGGGAUAUGCAUAGCUUUGUACAUGGUGAUCGUGGGACUGGCAGAGGGGGACCACCCAUGUCUUGUCACCACUGACAACAAAACCGCCACCUGCAAAGGUCAGAACCUGAACUGCGUUCCCCAGCACCUUCCCCGCACCCUGCUCAGACUGGAUCUCUCGUAUAACAGGCUCAAAGAGAUCACCUCAGGGGACUUCUCAGUGCUGACCCAGCUGCAGAGCUUGGACCUGGGCUACAACAACAUCUCACGCAUCGCGGCGGAUGCCUUCACCUCCAAUGUCCUGCUGGAGGAACUCAGCCUAUUCAACAACUCCCUGCGCCGGAUCCCCUCGCCGGCCCUGAAGCCUCUGAGGAAACUGAGGCGGUUGGAGAUGUCCAACAACUUGUACCUCUGCUCAACUCUGGACAAGGUCUUCAGCACUCUGAGGAACCUGCAGGAGUUCUCCAUGGGCGGGUCUCUGAUCCAGACGGUUGGCAAGUGGGACUUCUUUCCGCUGAAGGAUAUAGCCUUGCAGAAGUUUGCCCUGAAGACGGCAUCCAGCCUACUGGAGUAUCAAAAAGGGGCAUUCUCGCUGCUGAACACCACAGCCCUGUGGUGCGACAUGGCCCUGGACAAGAAUCCCAAGGCCUUGCCCAUGAUUCUGCAGGACCUGAGGGGUAAGCCGCUGCAGUAUCUCCGCUUCCGCAACCUCUUUGAGUUCACCUACUACACUGAGUCCGCAGAUGUCUUCUCUGGCUUGGCCGAGGUGCGAGCCAGCAAGCUGGUCUUCUACCGGGGGAAGUUCAACGAGAACCUGCUACGCCUGGCCCUGCUGAACAUCCAGAAGUCCCGCAUCCGCGACCUCUCCCUGAUGGCCAUUGACUUCGCCCGCUCUUCCCAGUGGAAUCGCUCGGAAGCGGGCAUCGCCAACCUGACCCUGGACAGUUUGUUGCUGCAGGACAUCAGCAACCCCGACAUCCUGCGUUUCGACUGGACCUUCACCUGGUUCAGUGGUGUGGCCAACCUCUCCAUUCUCAACGUCAACUUCAAUUUCGUGCCUUGUGACACCUGGGACGAGAUGCGCAAUGUGGUGACCCUGGACGUCUCCAACAACCGGCUGAAGGACACCUACAUCUACAACCAGGGCUGCAACUACCAGGGCGUCAUGCCCAAACUGGAGCGGUUCCUCGUGGCCAAAAAUGAGCUGACCAGCUUGGGCAUAGUGGCUAAGCUCACGGCUAGUUGGCCUCGCCUGACCCAUAUCAAUGCCAGCCACAACCACAUUGGGGACCUGAAGGAGACGGCGUGCCAGUGGAAUCCCGGCCUGGUCUGGCUGGCCCUGGACCACAACAGUGUUACCAUGGAGAUCUUCAAGUGCCUGCCCAUCACCCUUCACUACCUGGACCUCUCCUAUUCCGAGCUGGACCGGCUGGAGAUGAGCUACUUUGUCCGCUGCCAAGACCUCCAGGAGCUGAAGCUUAGUGGGAACAAGAUCAAAUUCAUUCCCUCAGAAUGGAGAUGCCCCAGCCUGCGAAUACUGGCCAUGGAUGGCAACUCCUUUGGGGUCAUCAGCGAGGGCUCCUUCGUCAACAUGCCAGAGCUGACCAGCCUCAAGGCCGGGAACAACCCCUACCACUGCACCUGCGACCUCUACGGCUUCCUGCAGGAGACUCGGAGGAAGGGUAAGCUAACCCUGCUGGACUGGCCCGGAGACUGGACGUGCUACCACCCGGAGUCCCUGCUGGACAUGGGCGUGGCUGCCUACACCCCGGGGCUGAUGGAGUGCGACGUGAGGGUGGUGGUGGCCAUCUCUGUCUCAGUCACGGCCGCUGUGAUCAUUGCAAGCAUGGUGCUGUGCUGGAGGUUCGACGUGCUGUGGUAUCUGCAGGCCACCUACCGCAUCGUCCGGUCGAAGUACCGCGCCCGCCACGCUCACCCCACUCGGGCCUACGCCUACCAUGCCUUCAUCUCCUACAGCUGCUCAGACGCCGACUGGGUGAGGCAGGAGCUGCUCCGGCGGCUGGAGAGCUCCAGCCCCCCCUACCGCAUCUGCAUCCACGAGAGGGACUUCACGCCAGGCAAGUGGAUCAUCGACAACAUCAUCGAGAACAUCGAGAACAGCUACAAGGUCAUCUUCGUCCUCUCCCGCAGCUUCGUCGACAGCGAGUGGUGCAACUACGAGCUCUACUUCGCCCACCAGCGGGCCGUCGGGCUGGGCUACGAGGACGUCAUCCUCGUGGUGAAGGAGGCCAUCGAUCCCAAGAGCCUGCCCAACAAGUUCUGCAAGCUCCGAAAGAUGCUGAGCACCAAAACCUACCUGGAAUGGCCUUCGGAGCCCAGCCGGCAGCCUUUCUUCUGGAUACAGCUCAGGAAUGUGCUGGGGAAACCGGGAGCAGCCGAGCCCAGCCAGGAUCGGGUCUCGCUGGCUAGCGUGGAGUUGGGCUCGGAUGAGGUUGUGGAUAGUCCGGCUGAAGAGGAAACUGCCAUCGACGCCGUGGCUGGCCCUGCGAGUUAGCGCUCGCUUGGUCUCCAGCUCUCCGCUGCCUCUGCUCCUGAUUUAUACGCCUCGCACAGUGCAUUGUGCGUUCGCACGCCGACGUCCUGCUUUGCAGAUGUGGUGGGAAGAACAUUGCUCCAGGUCUGAGCUGCUAAACUCCAGACCCAGAUUUUUUGGAAGGGAGCAAUGAUCUUAUUGGCCCAACUUGAGUCCCCUGUUAAAGGGGCCUCCUUGUUAGAGAGUGCUGAGCACUUGCCUUCUGAAAGUUGGAGGCACUUGAAAAUCCAGGUACCUAAGUACUACCUAAUGCAUCGUAUUUACCCACCAGGCAAUGGGACGCCCUAUGCUCCUGGACUGGGAGUAAGGAGCCCCUCUGUUCCAGGUCAAACUCUGAGAACAUAGCCAACCUACGUGUCCAUUGCUAGAUCCUGCCACCUCUUGUUUCUCCUGAAGGUUUAACCAGCGACAGUAUUGCCAGGCAAGUUGUAAUGGAAGGAAACAACUUUGCUAGGGCUCUUGCACUUCAGUGUCUGAGUAAAAUUCAUCCCUUUACAGCACAAGCCACUUACGUCCCAGCUGUUACCCGCUCAAGGACAUCAGUGCUGCGAGCAGCUUGCGCUGACCUUUUGCCUGAGUGAGCGGCACCCUCUGCAUAGGAGACGUUAACUGAAGUUUCUACGCUCCAGUUGUCUAGAACCGUGGUUGUCGGGAUCAGUCCCCGCAGCAGCCAUAACCUGAGCUCUUCUGAUCACUAGAAGUGACUGAGAUAGGUCCUUUUAUUUGCUCCAGUUAUGCCUCUGCCAAGAAUCUGCUUAUUUUACUGACCUCCAACUCUCAGCUGCAUCGGCUCCGGCUGGGUUACGGCACAGCGAGCUGGAGUCUCAUACCAUGGACAAAACUGCCAGCAGACUUCCGGUGGCAAACUCUUUCAUCUCCCCAGUGAUGUGGCUGGAUAGAUGAGGUCCCUAGUGGGGAGGGGAAGGGAGAAUUUGUGCUUGAAUCUGCAAACUGAGCCCGUUGGAGCAGGAUUCGGGGAGCCAGAAUGGGGAAGAACGUAUUUCUGUUGUGUUUAUUUUAGGGCGGUUGAUUUUAAUCGCUGUUAACUCACACAAUUAACUCCAAAAAAUUAAUCGUGAUUUUAAAAAAUGAAUCGCAGGUUUAAUCGCACUGUUAAACACUAGAAUACCAGUUGAAAUUUAUUAAAUAUUUUGGAUGUUUGUCUGUUUUUAAAAAUAUAUUGAUUUCAAUUACAACACAGAAAACAAAAUGUACAGGGCUCACUUUAUAUUAUUUUUAUUACAAAUAUCCCAAAACAAUGAUAUAAAUUGUAUUCUAGUAUUGUUUACCAGCACGAUUCAUUGCGAUUCAUUUUUUAAUCGCUUGGCAGCCCUGGUUUAUGUAAUGUAUUUAUGCCGUACUUUGAACCGCAAGGGCCCACUGGAGGUGACUUGUUUCAUUUCGGCCCACUGAGUCGACGCCACGAGACUAAUCCGCCCUGCCCCUUUGGGGAUCUUUGCCAUGGGGUCGAGUAGCCUCCUGUGAGUCUCGCCGCUGUUGCAUCGCGACUCAUGGAAAGCAGAGGGGUUCCCAUAGCACAAUCCAUUUCUGGGGUCUCCAAGUGGCCUGCGUUACUGAGCUCCUGAGGAGAUAGGCCGGCCUCUCUGAAAUGUGGGGCAGAGGGCCCAGUCGAAUGGAGCUGCUGGGAAUAUAGCUGGGAAGUCAGUUCUGAUCCCGUGGGGGAGGCGGGGGUCUCUCUUCCAAGUUACACUCAGACAUCAGAAAUCGAGGUUCUGUCUUUUUCCCUCUUGUCGACUUCAUUAGGGGCUGGCCUCCCUACAAGCUGCACUGUCUAAAGUGGGAAGCCCGACUCCAGAGUUCUGUUUGUGGGUCUGAUCCUCUCUGGGUGCUUCUGCUUCCCCAUUUUUACAGAUUUUUGGGGGGGCAAGGAGGAGGCGGAAUAACUACUUGGGAGAACAGAUGUAUAUAAGGUGCUAAUACUUCGAACCAGCUGUCCCCGCUUUCAGACUGGCUCUGACUUCAAGUACUUUCUCCCAUGCUUGAAUGCACCUUCUUUAAAAAUGAAGUCAUUGGGGGGGCUUUGUGGGCUUGUUUUUUCAAUGUAAAUGUCUCAAAAUGCUCCCCGUAGGAGCCUUCCUCUGUUGUCUGUGCAAACAAACAUAGGCACCAGCCUUCAAAGUGACGUACAGCAUGUUGCUGACUUUUUAUAUUAAAUAAAAGAGUGGUGUCUUUUUC